AGAUAAUUUACUAUACUCAACACCAUUCAUUAACCCAGUUAGUGAUUCAAACUGAGAUCAUUCAAAGUUCGAUGAUCGUAUUAUGUAGUAAUACCUCCACUUCCAUCACUAGGACGCCAUGAUUCACCAAACAAAGUUGAUAUUUCUUAUUCUAUUCGUAUUAAAAGAAUUUCUCCCCAAGUCCAAAUACGAUAUCUCAGUAUCUUUGCCUGACUGGAUCGACAAGAUAUUUAAAAAUGCUGAAGAUCGAAUGCUCGAUAUUACAGUAAGGGAAUCAUUCAGUUCAUCCCGAUGGUACCCUCAAACAUUGGAGUACGAUAUAACUGAUCAAGGUUUCCCUUCGCCUUUCCAAUCAAAAAUCAUAUUCUUCGAUACCAAAUUUCACGUUAAUGACGGAAAUAGGAUAGAAACCAAGUCAACGCCUUUUACCCUGGAAACUUGGAACUUAUCCGAUAGCAAAAUUCGCAUAUCGACAAAAAUUUUCAGAGUCACUUUGGAAGGACAAAUUCGAGUGAAAAAUGAUCAGUGUUACGCUAAAUACAGGACCACGUUACAUUUCGAGGAUUUCGUGUUGGACGCGAUUCGAAUAUCUAAAGACUCUAAAGACGUGAAAUACUCUAUCAAAUUUUCCUACAAAUCGUUGAGUGAAAGGUGGGGUGACAGUAUAAAAUGGCAAAAAGGUUACAUAACAGUCAAUCAGGGAAAACAGUUGGAAAGAUCCAUGGAACCCAUGCUGCCCCUAGUGCUACACGAUUACAUGAAUCGCAAUCCACAGUUUUCAGAAUAUUUCGGCAAAAUCACCAAAAUUUACGAUCAUAUUUUUGAAACUAUCCCAGCUAAUGAAAAUUUGCUGGAUCAUCGACAGCAGUAUUAUUACCUGAUACCACGAACUCGCUAUUACGGGUUUCAUUUGAGAAAUAUCAUGAUCAAGGGGUUACUUAAUAUCGAAUCUUUGGAUGUCGACAAGAAAUCACCCUUGGUUACCCGUACAUUAUUGAUGAAAAAUAUUCGUGGGAAUAUGACUUUGGAUUACGGUUCUAAAGAGCAAGCACCGUUAGAUUUGAAUUUCGUGAUUGAUUACCUUACGAUUUCCAUUACAAAUGGAACCGACAUGGUGCACUUGGAGGCGAGAAGUUACAGCGUUAAUCGUACAACUGGUGCUUCGUUAACUCAUCGUCAAUCGGCGAAAAUAAUUCAAAAAGUAGAAUGCGCUUUGGCUGCUGAGUUGAUGCCAUCGAAACGAGCUUGGAAAACGUGCGAUAUGGAGUCUGACAUCGAUCAAAUCGAAAUCACGAAUGCAUCUGACUGGAAAAUGAUUGAAAAAAAAUACGGCGACUGGAUUCCAUUUAAUCACGACGCACCGAAAAAAUCGGGUUUGAUGCGAAGAAUAUUGGGAGGACGUUUUAUGUCGAGUCGUUAAAGACAAAUCAAUAUCACCAGACUUGAUUCCUAGACCCACCUAUUAGUUGACUAAUGUUACCUAUUUAUCAAUUUAAGAACUGUUUCA